GAUAUGCACCGAAAAGCUGUCAUGCAACUUCGCCAUUAAACCCACAGAAGAAGAAGAAGUAGAAAGAAAAUUCGAGUUCUGCCAUCUUCUGUCAGUGUGCGAUACAAAAUAAAUCUCGUACGACUGUGAUUGGUGCUGAAUAAGUGUAUGAAUAAGCAUUCCACAAGCACACUGGAUUUGAGUUUGAUACACAAUUGUUAAGAAUAUGACUUGCACAGAGGAAGCAGAAGCACAAUUUGCAGAGAUAGAUCUGCUAUUAAGUAUGUUUCCGAGUGAAGAAGAGUUACAAGUUGAUGAGCUUUCCCAUGCUGAGCUCAGGGCUUAUGUGGAGGGCACAGCUCAUACUCCUCCCAGCAUCAGACCCCAAUUCAGCAUCAAGCUGAAGGUGGAGAACCCUCCAGUGAGCAUUACAUUGCUGUGCACAUACCCAACUGACUACCCAAAAGUGUUGCCAGAUAUUGCUGUCAGAUGUUCAGUGCUCACCAGAUCACAGCAGAUGAUGCUUCACUCCAACCUCAACACCUACCUUUCUGAAAACUGCAUUGGUGAUGUGUGUAUUCUUUCUGCUGUGCAGUGGAUAAAUGACAAUGCACAAGCAUAUAUAACAAAAAGUGUCCCUGUCAGCGAUCUGAAGAAGGAAGAUGUUUUGAUGAUGUCAAAAAAGAUUUUCACUAGACUCUGGAUCUAUAGCCAUCACAUCUACAAUAAGAUCAAGAGGAAGAACAUUUUGGAAUGGGCAGAGGAGAUGAACCUUUCUGGGUUCAGUAUGCCAGGAAAGCCUGGUAUUGUGUGUGUGGAGGGUCAGCAGUCUACUUGCAAUGAGUUCUGGGCCAGGGUGAAAGUUUUAACAUGGAAGAGAAUUACGAUUCGUCACAGAGAGGAUGUCCCUUUUGACAACACCUGGACAGAGAAGAGAACUGACUCUCUCCGCAAAUUUACUGGCUUUCAUGAAGUAAGUUUUGACACUCAUGGGACCAGAGGAAACCACAUGGACCUUGGACAGCUCUAUCAGUUUCUUAGUGAAAAAGGAUGUUCUGAUAUCUUUCAAAUGUACUUUGGGAUUGAGGGGAGAUAACAGUUUGUGUGUGUAUUAGUUUUGAUUUUGCCUUCACAUUUUAGGCUUAAUUUUGAAACAAACUCUUUAAAAGAUUAAACUUUAGAUCAUGAAUGCAGUUAAAUUAACAGACAACCAAUUGUAAAUGUAGCUGCAAGGAGUGAUUACUAGUGUUCAAAUGCUUUAAGGCAUUUUAAAGGUGGUUUCCUUAAUGGAGAGUAAGCCUUGUUCUAGACUAAAAUGGCCCUUAAAACCAGAUUAACAUAAAUCUGCUUUCUCUGUCAUGAUUUUAGUUAAUUUUAGACUUAAUAUAGUCCAGAAUUUAAUAGGCUGAUUUUCUGGAGGAAGACUAGAGCUACUUCAGGACUAAAUUGAGGCUUAAAUUAAACCCACCAGGAUGCAUUGAUUUAAGAUUUAUGUUGUGUAUUCAGUCUUGAUAUAUCUACAAUAUUGACACAUGAACAAAGAAGCCUGUGAAAUUAAAUCUGCACUGAAUUUUUCUUUCUUUUAUAUAUAUAUAUAUAUAUAUAUAUAUAUAUAUAUAUAUAUAUAUAUAUAUAUAUAUAUAUAUAUAUAUAUAUAUAUAUAUAUAUAUAUAUAUAUAUAUAUAAAUAAAUCACAAAACCCUAACCUUAAAUUGAAGUAAAAUAGGAAGAAAGGGAAAUCAAAUUUUUAGAAAGUUUUAGAAAGUAUUUCUAAAACGCACAUUGGCCACAAUUAAUGGCACAAUUUUAUUCAAUACUUUUUUCAACCUCCUUUUCCCAAUCUCCUAUAAUGCCUAAAAUGAUCUGACAAGAGAUCAGAGACCAUUCCUUCAUACAGAAUCACUCCAGACGCUUCAGAUUCCCAGCUCCAUGUUGAUACUCUUUCCUCUUCAGUUUUUUUUCCCGGUUCAGGUCAGGGAACUGGAUAGGCAUUAUCUUCCUCUCGUUACAUUAAGGCAAUAUAGACACAAACAAUAUACUGCAGGCUAGAGGUCUCCAUGGGUCCACUUGGAUCCGAAAACUUGAGGUCGGACCAAAGCAGGUUCAGGUCCAAAACUUUGUCGAGUGCCUUGGACACGGGUUGGGUCCGGUAUCAGUUGCCUCAGGUAAUUUAAAAUAAUUGUGCUUUUUCCAAAUGGACCCAAUAAGACCCAAUCCUUUUCAUGUACUUCCACAUUGGUGUUAAGUGAAAAUUGAAAGUCAAAACGUAGAAAAGGAACAUCUGUUUGUAACCUCGCACACAGAAAUCCAUCUUAUAGAUAUGAGAUCCAUCAGGAAAAGCCACUUGCUUCAUUACAGUGUGAUUAUACAGGGCAGGGCUUUUCUUUUUUGUGUGCAGGAUCCCUUCGCCAGAGAUGAGGUAAAUAGCAUUGCAAAGCAGACAACACCAUCCACAAUCCUUGAUUUAUUAAGCUAUCGAUUUAAUUUUUAUUGAGCUAUCAUGUUUAUUUUUCCAAUCCACUUGUUAAAAUUGAAAGCCGAACUCAGAAAUAACUUCAGGCAGGCAAUAAUAUAAUGGAAUAAAAAUGGAAAAGGGACAAAUCAGUCAGCAGGACACCAAAUUAUUAUUAUUUUUUUUGGAUGCAGACUUUUUUCCACUGGAAUUGUUAACCUUUGAUUUGCUUCUCAGUUCCAUAAAAUGUUAAGCUUUUCUAGUUUCAUUUACAUGUUUUAUAGGCAACCUUCGACGUGCUAAUUCAGAUUAGCGUUAAUGUAGUUUAUUUUAGUUCAGGAUUUAAUAGUGCAGGAGUUGGUAAUCUGUACUUUAUCUGUUUCAGAAAGUUAUUUUUUUUUUAUCCAUGAUUAACUAUUCUAGUUGGUCCACAAAUCUAAUUGGCUGAUAAGAGGUCAAUAUUAGAGUGAUAACAGAACUCCUCCAACUGCUUUACUGUUUUUAUCCCUCCGCUUGCCGUAUUUCUCACAGCAGUGUAAUAAGACACCCAAAUCCACUAUAAUUAAAAGAUAAUACUGUUUUUGUCUCUCAGAUUAUAGUUUUAAGAGCUUUUUGGAGAGAGUGUACUUGUUUAGAUUUCAAAUAUAUGGCUUGUUAAUAAAUAUAAUGUCUGUUUGGAAAUUUCCAUCGA